CGAAAUACGACAGUGGCGCACACGUGUGUGCAUUGGUUGAUGUUUUCAUCCGUGUGUUCUUGAAAUUCAAAGACUUUAUGUUGAUUUUAUAAACAUGCUUUCAGUCAUGGACGAUAUCGAUAAAGCGGAUGAGGAGCGCAGAGGAGUUAAACGCAAAGUGUCAUUGUCAAGAUGUGACGUGUGUGAAACUCAAGAGUCCAAAUACAGAUGCCCAAACUGUAUGAAACACACCUGCAGUUUGGCCUGUGUGAAACGGCACAAGACGUCUUCAGGGUGCAGUGGUGUUCGAGAUAAGACCGCAUUUGUCUCUCUCUCUCAGUUUGAUGAAAUGAGUCUUCUUAGUGAUUACAGGUUUCUGGAGGACACAGCUCGACUGAGAGAAAGAUCAAACAGAGACGGUGUCCUGCACGCCAGUCGUCGACACCCGAAAGAGGGCAGUUGGUUAAUCAGGAGGGCGCGAGCAGUUAAAGUCACCCUGAAGUUUCUGCCCAAAAUGUUCAGUAAAAAUCGAGAGAACACCACUAUCUUCAAAAAAGCUGACAAGCGAUUACAUUGGCACCUGAAGAUCCAUUUUCCUCAAAGUGGUGCUGUUUAUUCAGAUAGAUUUCCUGAUAACAGAGAACUCUGUCAGAUUCUUAAUGACUACAUUCAUCCUUCAGCAUCAGAUCCAGUCAGACGUCAAAAGUUAAAGGUUUAUGUCCACAGCCCUCAAGAGGACAUCAAAGUCUUUAUGAAGUCAGAGCAGAUAAAACCCAACUCUCCCAGAUUUCUUGAGCUGGAUACUCAGAAAACUCUAGGAGAAAACUUGAUGUACCAGACUGUUGUGGAAUACCCAGAAAUCUUUGUGGUUCUGAAACGGCACAGUCAGGAGUAUCUCACCCAAAUAAAGGAGCGGCUCUCCAGUGCUGCCCCCGGGAAUCUCUCAAGAACGUCAGAUGAGACCGUUUCUAAAACAUCCGCACAUGUGGAAAAGAAAACAAAGGUCAUUUCAGAUGCUGAUGAGCUGGAGGAUGGAGAGAUUCGGAGUGAGGAAGAUGGAAGUGAUGAUGAUGAUGAUGGUGACAUAACCGAUAAAACAGCACCUGAAUCACAUCAAGAGGCUGGAGGUCGUGAUGAUGAUGAUGAACCUGAUGAAGAAAAGACUGAAGGUUGUAUUGACAGUCUAGACCUUCACAUGAAGAUGCAAUCCAAGGAUCGUCUUCCUCACGACUGUGACCCGGAUAUUCAGAUGGACUUUGGACAUGGAUCAACCUCAGUGAGCAUCGACAGCAGAACUGAAGAAAGUUUGACUGUUUCUCAUGUACUUGAAGAUGCUGGUGGUCGGGACCCAACUGAGACUUUGAGCAGCAUCAGUCAACAAACUCUGCUUCCCAGAAAUGACUGCAUCCAUGACAGAGAUUUUAAAAACGUUGAUGGCUCUCGUCAAACCUGUACUGUUGAAAGCGAUGGUGUAACAUGUGCUCAUAUUAGCGCUUCUGUAAAUGAAGGCCAGGAAAACACGCGCACUAACCUGCAUGGAGACGACACUAACAUUUAUGCUAGCGUCAGUCAUGUAUGUGCAGAUAGCAAAAUAAUAAAUCAGCAUUAUAUCCAUGAUAGCAUAGCUGCAGAGAAUCUGGAUGUUUCUGCAAAUAAGCAUCACACUCCUACAGAUAUCCAGUCUGAAAAUGAUAGUCAUGCCAAUAUCAGUGAUAGCGUUGAUGGGAAAAAUGCUAAUGCUAAUUCUCAUGAAGAUCACAUUCCUGCAGAUAUGCACACUGAAGGUCCGAGUCAGGCUAACAUAUGUGAUAGCGUAGAUGAAGACAAUGCUAAUGUGGUUUCUAGCGAUGGUUACGUUGCUACAAAUAUACACAUUGAAAGUGCAAGUCAGGCUAACCUAUGUGAUAGCGUAGAUGAAAACAAAGCUAAUGUUUGUGUUAGUGAGGAUCGCGCUCCUGUAGAUAUCCACGUUGAAGGUCUGAGUCAAGCUAAUGUUUGUGAUAUUGUAGAUGUACACAAUCCUAGUGUUUGUGCUAGCGAUGGUUAUGUUGCCACAGAUAUACAUGUUGAAGUUGCAAGUCAGGCUAAAAUAUGUGAUAGUGUGGCUGUAGAUAAUGCUAAUGUAUGUGCUGGCAACGGUUCCAUUACUACAGAUAUCCACAUUGAAGGUCUGAGUCAAGCUAACCUUUCUGAUAACAUCAAUGUAGACAAUGCUAAUGUUCAUGUUAGUGAAUGUCACGUUUCACUAUGUGAUAACGUACAUGUAGCCAAUGCUAAUGUGGGUGCUAGCGAUAGUUACGUUGCUACAGAUAUCCAUGUUGAAGGUGCGAGUCAGGCUAAGAUAUGUGAUAGUGUACACAACGCUAAUGUGGGUGCUAGCGAUAGUUACAUUGCUACAGAUAUUCAUGUUAAAGGUGCGGGUCAAGCUAACUUUUCUGAUAACAUCGUUGUAAACAAUGCUAAUGUGUUUGCUAGCGAUGGAUACAGUGCUAGAGAUAUACAUGUUGAAGGUGCGAGUCAGCAAAACAUAAGUGAUAGCGUAGAUGUAGACAAUGCUAAUGUGUGUGCUAGCAAUGGUUCUGUUGCUACAGCUCUACAUGUUGAAGGUGCUAGUCAGGCUAACAUAUGUGAUAGCGUAGAUGUAGACAAUGCUAAUGUGACUGCUAGCGAUGUUUACGUUAGUACAGCUCUGCAUGUUGAAGAUGCUAGUCAGGCUAACAUAUGUGAUGGCGUAGAUGUAGACAAUGCUAAUGUUUAUGUUAGUGAGAGUCACGUACUUGUAGAUAUUCACAGUGAAGGUUCUGCUCAGGUUAUUGUCUGUAAUAGCGUGAGUGAUGUUAGCGGUCAAGUUAGUUAUCAGUCUGUCUGUGAGAGUAAACCCAGAGUUUGAUAAUCAACAGAUAUAAGUUCAGAAAUAGCAUAUAUCAUCAGAUAAUGAUAAUAACAGUAACUGUUACCACAGUGAUGUUUAGGUUGACCUGAUAAAAGAGAUUGGUGACUUAACACUGUGUUCAUGGUUACAGAUAAACUCAGAGAUGUUUCUCCAGCAGCUUCUCACUUCUGUUAUUCAACUGGACAAAUUAUGACCUUUUUUUUCUGGUGUUUAAUAUUACAUCAAUUCUGUUACAGAGUCAAAUUCAGUUUUUCAUUUUGGUGGGAUUGGGAAAGUUAGCAUGUGAGGAUUAAAGCAAGCAUAACUAAAAUAUUUAUUGGAAAAAGAGGCUCACGUUAUAUAAAGCAUUUGAUUUAUUUGAAGAGUUUUGUUGUCAAUUUGUGUCUUUAAUAAACCUCCAUUCCUGCA